GGCCAAUGAUAAGAAACAUGUCAUUAUCUCCAUACCAAGCAUCAUUGGCCAUGUGAUCUGCUGCACCCUCUUAAUCUUAUAAAAUAUCCAGUGGCCCGAGGGAGGUGAUACAGACUUUGUCUCUCCAGCGCAUCUCAAAGGGUCUCUCUUCUUCAGUACUGACAAAGCCAGCCGGGCUCCAAGGACAAGUACGUGCCACAUACCGUACAUACAAAAGACUCCAAAAUGUGGCCCAUAAUGAUGACAACUUGGGUUACGCUGUUUAUCCUGGUCAUGCAAUUUUUCACAGGAAGCGCAGUUUCUCCAGUAGAUGUUCCAGCAAAUGGUCAAGUGAGGGCAGUUAACUCUUCCAGUAACUGCUCUGGCAGAGUGGAGGUCUUCCUGAGUGGCCAGUGGGGGACAAUUUGCGACAAUGGCUGGGGACUGAAUGAUGCCCGGGUGGUCUGCCGACAGCUGGGCUGUGGCGACGCUCAGUCAGCAAAAAAACGGGCAUAUUUUGGCGAGGGAACUGGACCAAUUUUGGUAGAUAACCUUCAGUGUACAGGACAAGAGUCAUCGAUAACAGAUUGUACAUAUCAGUCAUUACCAUCCCAAACUUGUGGACAUGACGACGACGCUGGUAUUAUUUGUGAAGAUCCUGUCACCACAACUACUUCUACACCCACAACUACUUCUACAACCACAACUACUUCUACACCCACAACUACUUCUACAACCACAACUACUUCUACAACCACAACUACUUCUACAACCACAACUAUUGUAACGACCCCAACUUAUCCAGUGAGACUAGUCGGCUCUACCAAUAACUGUUCUGGCAGAGUGGAGGUCUUCAAGGAUGGUCAGUGGGGGACAAUUUGUGACAAUGGGUGGGGACUGAAUGAUGCCCACGUGGUCUGUAGAGAGGUGGGCUGCGGAAAUGCCCGGUCAGCCAAAAAAAGGGCAUAUUUUGGCGAGGGAAGUGGACCAAUUUGGGUGGAUAACCUUCAAUGUACAGGACUAGAAUCAUCGAUAACAGACUGUACAUAUCAGCCAUUACCGUCUCCAGCGUGUGGACAUGAAAGGGAUGCUGGUGUUGUUUGUGAAGACACCGAUGCCACACCUGCUCCAACACAACCACCAAUUUAUCCAGUGAGACUUAUUCACCCGCACAACCGUUGCUCUGGUAGAGUGGAGAUCUUCCGAGACGGCCAGUGGGGGACAGUGUGUGAUGACAGCUGGGGGCUGGCUCACGCUCACGUCGUUUGCCAACAGAUGGGCUGUGGCAGGGCUGUGGCAGCACCAACAAGUGCACAUUUUGGAGAGGGAAGUGGACCGAUCUGGUUGGACGAAGUUCAGUGUGAUGGAGAUGAGUCAGCAAUAACAGAAUGUGAUCAUGACGGCUUUGGUUCUCACAACUGUGACCAUGGACAGGAUGUUGGUGUCAUCUGUGAAGAUGAGCACUCUCCACUCGAUACCGCUGAGCUUGUUUGCUCUAGUGAUCAGGUCAAAGUUGGUUUGCACUUGAGCGAGCUGCUGUCAUCUGGUUUGAAUGCAUUCUCUGGUCACCUGGCGGCUCCUGACUGUUCCACUUACAGUAUAGAUCGUGGCACUUUGUGGUACCAAGUGCCACGCCAAGCUAGCGUCUGUGGAACAUCAAUGACGACCAACGAUACCCAUGCCAUUUACUCCAACUGUUUGUUCCUCUACCCUGAAACUGACAAUUCCUGGGCUCUACCAAGGAUCAUUCCAUUCUCUUGUGCCUAUCCUUUGGAAACCCACGUCGGUCUGAGAGUUUUAAUCCCACAACCAUUCCAUGGCGGUAACCUCAUGGGGUCAGGUACCAGACCCACAGCCACCAUGAAGCUUUUCCAUGACUCUGGCUGUGCAAAUGACUACCCAGUGGGUCGGCUUGUCCUUUCAGUGGGCUCUGUCCUGCAUGUAGGAGUGUUUGUGGAUGAGACAGAUCCGAGCUUCGUAGUUGUUCUGGAUGACUGCUAUACCACUCACUCCCCAAACCCCAAUGACCCUGUGCGAUACCUGCUCAUUCUUAACGGGUGUCCAACUGAGCAUAGACGGGUCUCAGUGAUUGAGAACGGUCAGUCCCUCCGUGCUCGCUUCUCCACCACGCUCUACCCUCUUCAGGGUGACACCUCAUGCAUCUUCAUUCACUGCAAAGUAAAGCUGUGUGACAAGAGGAAUGACCAAUGUGCUCCAUAUUGCGGGAGGAGGGCAUAUCGCUCUGUUUCCAACGGAGCUGAGCUUGAUCCCCUCACUGUUGGACCAAUUGCUUGGGAGUGACGUGUCAAUGGAGUGAGGUGGUCAACACUGCAAAAUGAUACAUGCACAUUUUUAUUUUUUUCUUUCAAAAAUCAGUAAUAUAAUGAUUAAAAUCGUAAAAGUUUAAAUCAAACACACAGACACUUUUAUUCUUGUCACUCAAGUAAAGUACAAGAACCUCAAACUUGUACUUACGUAGAGUAUUUGAAUAAGUGUACUUAAUUACUUCCAUCACUGUUCCUAAGCAGCAGCACAUAUUCACGCCUUAACUGUUUCUGUAUUUUUCUGUUAAAACACAUGUAUGCACGUAUGUACACACAGGAUCAAGAUAUACAUUAAGAAAAAUCUGUAUGUGAUUAUGGUACUUCUAAAUGAAGCAAUGGGGAAACAAAUCUAUGUUACAUUCUAUCACUGAAGUUAACAAAAAAAAGGUCAUUAUUACAUGUUACCGGUUUACCUUCUCUGUCCAUCCAAAAUUCUUUCUUUGUCACAAAAUAAAUAUUAAUAUACUAUUAUG